AUCAAGGUUGUUCAGCUCGAAGGUCGCUUAACUGCCGUUUUCCCUCAUUCACCUCCGCUUUAUUGCUGUGCCAUUGCAGCAUCGUUCAUCGGGUCUCUGUCAAGCCUCGAUUGUGUUGGUCAAUCUCCUUUCGCGUGUGUUCUCGUUGCAGCGGAUCAUCUGAGCUUGAAAGUGUCACAUACCCACCGUACCAGACUCCACGUGUAACUCUUCGUUCCGCUAGCGGCGUCCUCCGAUACCUAAGCGUGCAGUCAUUGAACACAUUGACAGCGCGACACUCUCCUCCCUUUCUAACACCCCUUUAACACCCCCUCUUACCAAUUGCCACGCACGAUGACCACCAGAUACCGCGUAGAAUAUGCUCUCAAGACACACAGGCGAGACCAGUUGAUUGAAUGGAUCAAGGGUCUCCUUGCAGUUCCGUUCGUUCUGCAUUCGCAGCCAACAGCCGUGUUCGAGGAAAAUGCACAGACCGUUCAUCAGCAAUCCAGUGUUGCCCAGCGUCGAUACGCCGAGAUCAUGCGUGAUGUAGAAGAGAUAAUCAACGACCACAUUGAACACCAGAAGCAGGGGAAGCCAGAUCGAUCCAAGCUCAAGCUUUUGGUACCUACCGUCGCCAAUUUCUUUACUCCUCUAGCUCUCCACGAUGCGUUCAUAUUCCAAGACCAACGUCGCUCCAUCAGCUACAGGCGGUUUGUGCCACCUUCAUUCAACGACGUGCGUCUGGUUCUCAACACCGCUCAAGUCAUGAGCCUUGUCCGCAGUGGCCCUAUUGAACUCGUCACCUUUGACGGAGAUGUCACCUUGUAUGAUGACGGGAUGAACCUCCUACCCGACAACCCAAUCAUUCCUAAGAUUUUGCAGCUCAUGCGGAGAGGGUCAAAGAUUGGUAUUGUCACAGCAGCAGGCUACACAGAAGCUAGUCGGUACUACGGACGUCUUUUCGGACUACUGCAUGCAAUCCAAGAGUCUGACCUACCGCUCGAGUCGAAGCAAGGCUUUAUGAUCAUGGGCGGCGAGAGUAGCUUCUGCUUCAAAUUCGACGAGAACAGCCCGGACUUGUUGAGAUUCGUUCCGCGCGAGGAGUGGGUGCUCAAGGAGAUGCUGCUGUGGUCGGACGCCGAUGUUACGGAGCUCCUGGACAUUGCAGAGGCAUCGCUGAGAGACACGGUGAGGAACAUGCGGAUGAACGCCGAAAUUGUCAGAAAGGAGAUGGCAGUGGGCAUCAUACCAAAGAACGGUGACCGAUUCUGUCGAGAAACGCUGGAGGAGACGGUGCUGAUUGUGCAGAAAGUGCUCGACAUCUCGGACGUCGGACAGCGACUGCCAUUCUGCGCCUUUAACGGUGGCAACGACGUGUUUGUGGAUAUUGGAGACAAAAGCUGGGGCGUCUUGGCCUGCCAGAGGAUCUUUGGGUCAAUUGAAGGCAGCAAGACGCUGCACGUGGGAGAUCAGUUCUUGAGCGCAGGUGCGAACGACUUCAAGGCGCGACUGGCAUGUACGACGGCGUGGAUCGCGAAUCCCACCGAGACGUGCCAGCUGCUGGACGAGAUCACCGAGCUAGACGAGACACACCAGCGCAAGACUCGCUGAGACGUCGCCACAGUCAGAGUAAAGGGACCAGGGCAGUGUGACAUGGCAUGUGUUUGACAGACUCACAGCAGUGUCCUACCUAUUUAUACUACAAGACUUGCACAGAAUCGAUGUUAGUAGGCUGCAGGAGACCCUGCGCCAUGGUGUGGAGUGGGACGGGUCAGGGCAACAGCUGCCCCUGACUCGCCCGCGGCCCGCAGCUUCCGCAUUC